AGAGCUGGCAGGUGUCCGCUGCCGGUGGGCAGGGCGCGGGGGUAUCUAGGAAGGGCCGGACUGGCUCGGUGGGGAGGCCCAGGAGUUGGGAAGCCGGGGCCCCCGCCUGCGCCCAGAGCCCCUCGCCUGGGGCACGAGAGGGACCGAGCGAGGACCAUCGCCCACAACCCAGCCGCCUCUGGGAGAUGGAACUCAAAGUGCACCCUUUCUCGCUCCCAGCUCCCGGGCUGGAACCUGCCCCACCUCCCUGAGUCCCGAGAAGGCGGGAGAAGGGAACGGGGUCCCUGCAGCAGCGGAUGCGGAGGGCUGGAGGGUGGGUGGUGAGUGGUGCUUGGGAAGGGGAUGGAGGAAGCGGCCAGGUUUGGUGGCGGGUCAGGCGGAGGACAGACGCGCCUCCUGGUGCCAUGUGGUUAAGGGUGCCAUGUGGUUGCGGCGGGUCACCCACCUGCGUCGGCAGCUGAGUCAAGGAGGAAAUGGUUGUUCACAGAAGUUCUUCGCGGCCGCUGCCGGACCUUGUUCGCGCCUGCGGCUCUCGGGACAUCUCGGGGAGGGGAGCUCAGGCGGAGAUGUCCGCCGCCGCGAUGCCGGCCGCUCCCCUGUCCCCGCCCUGUCACGCCACGUGAGAUCCCCUCGCCCGGCGCAGGUUCACGGCUGGGAUGGGGGCGAGCUCCCCAGGACGCGGGCGGAAGACCCAGCGCUCCCGCGCCGCUGACGGGCGGCCCUGGCUGGGAGGGUGGAAACUGAGCGCGGCCCUUGGCGCCUAGCGGUACGCUGGCCCUCGACCCGGAAACCCGGGGCCGACGCCGGGAUUUCCACCUGCGCAGCGGAGCAUCGACAGUGCGUAAGCCGGUGGGGAGAAGCUGGCUCCGGCAGCGACAGGCCAGCGCCACCACCCCGCGCCGCAAAGGAAGGCAGAACCGACUGGCCUGUCCCGGCACGGGGAGCGGGUUCCCAGCCCACGGUGGCCCGGCUUUGGAGACCUCCCACGCGCCGCCCUGAGCGCGGAGGCUGCUGCGAUUCCAGGGGCGGGCUGCAGAGAGGUCGUCUUAGGAGCCGUUGCCGCUCUGUCUGGAGACCUGUUCCGGAAUGGCAGUACUUUUCCACAGCGACUGAACCAAAGUUUCAGCUCCCUGCUUCUGGGCUGUGGCUUUUGAAACUGGGGUUACCAAUAUCUGAUCAGAAGCUGGCUCUGGGGAGCCGGGCUCUGCUCAGUGAAAGGGGAACACAGUUGUGCCCAAAGUUUUUAUUGGAGGGGGAGAGGAUGAACUUCAGGGGAGAGAGAACCCCGAUUUCAGCUGGUUCCACUUAUGGAAUAUCAUAAUAACAAUGACAAUGGGAUGAUUUAUGGAGCAUGUAGAAUGUGCCAGGCCCCACAUAAAGGGCUUUGAGGAUUAUCUCAUUUAAUCCUCACAACUCCUUGAGGUAGCUACUAUCACUCUUAUUUUACAAGUGAGGAAACUGAGACUCAGAGAGGUUAAGUGACUUACGCAAGGCCACACAGCUAGAGAGUGGUGGAGACGUUUGAAUUCAGGCUGGUCUGACUCCAGACUUGGGCUGGUAACCACUUCACAGCUCUAUUCCUAAAGAAGGGAAGAAGGUAACCCAGGAGAGCCAGGGUGGAGACGAAGAGGAGUCUCCAAAAAGAGGGGCCACAGUUAGGAGAGCAAGAGUGUCUGACUGGCUGUUGAAGGCCUGCGGAAGCAGGGAGGACGAAGUUAUGGGGAACCCUGCACAGCCCAGAUUUCCCAUCAAUGGCAAUGGAACACGUAACACCUAGCCGUGCUUGGCCCUGGAACCCACCUGACGGCCCCCUGCUGCCGGAUUGGAAAGCCCAGCACAGUUCAGGGAUGCCCCAGCACCUGAAGGGGGACGGGCCCUUCGCCUCCAUGCCCCAGCUCGCCUUUCCUAGCUUGGCCUCGGCCACCAGCCCUAGCUUUGACCACAUGCCCCCCAGCCGGAGAGAGUCCCUGGGCAUGCUGAUGGGCAGCAGCCCCCUGGACCCCUGCAGCAGACCCCUGUGCGAGCUGAGAGCUGGAAAGCAAGGCCAGAGCCCAGACUCUGAGGUACACUACGUGUCCACAGAGCCACCUGGCACGGCUUGUGGCUGGUGGGGCUUCACACCCAAGUGCCUGCAGGCCUUCAACACGCCACGGGGCGUGCUGUUGUUCCUGUGCCUGGCAUCCUUCCUUCAGGGUAUGACGGUGAAUGGUUUCAUCAACACCGUCAUCACCUCCAUCGAGAGGCGCUUCGACCUGAACAGCUACCAGAGCGGCCUGGUGGCCAGUGCCUAUGACAUUGCCUCCUGCUUAUGCCUCACCUUUGUCAGCUACUUUGGCGGCUCCGGCCACAAGCCCCGUUGGCUGGGCUGGGGCGUGAUGCUCAUGGGCCUGGGCUCAUUCACCUUCGCACUGCCCCACUUCACCGCUGGCCACUACAAGGUGGAGGCGGCUGAGGAGGUGACCACCUGCCGGGGCAACAACAGUACGGCCUGCGUGGACAGCACCUCGGGCCUGUCCCACUACCGGCUGGUCUUCAUGCUGGGGCAGUUCCUGCACGGCGCUGGUGCCACGCCGCUCUACACGCUGGGCGUCACCUACCUGGACGAGAACGUUAAGUCCAGCUACUCGCCCGUCUACAUUGCCAUCUUCUACACUGCAGCCAUCCUUGGCCCCGCAGCCGGCUACUUGGUGGGGGGUGCCCUGCUGAACAUCUACACGGAGGUGGGCCGGCGGACGGCGCUAACCACGGAGAGCCCACUGUGGGUCGGUGCCUGGUGGGUCGGCUUCCUGGGUGCUGGGGCCGCUGCCUUUCUCAUCACCAUCCCCAUCCUCGGCUACCCUCGGCAGCUGCCAGGAGCCCAGCACUACGUGGUCACGAGAGCAUCAGAGUCCCACCAGCUCAAGGACAGUGGCCCCAGGACCACAGCCAACCCCGACUUUGGGAAAACCGUUUGGGACCUGCCUCUCUCCAUCUGGAUCCUUCUGAAGAACCCCACGUUCAUCCUGCUCUGCCUGGCCGGGGCCAUGGAGGCCAUGCUCAUUGCCGGCAUGUCCACAUUUGGCCCCAAGUUCCUCGAGUCACAGUUCAGCCUCAGUGCCUCAGAAGCCGCCACCUUGUUUGGGUACCUGGUGGUGCCAUCAGCAGGAGGUGGCACCUUCCUGGGUGGCUUCUUGGUGAACAAGUUCAAGCUGCGUGGCUCAGCCAUGGUCAAGUUCUGCGGGCUCUGCACCCUGACCAGCCUCCUGGCCUUCUUCAUGUUCUUCCUGCACUGCCCCAAUGUGCCCAUGGCUGGCGUGACAGCCACCUACAGCAGGAGCCCCCUGCCCGAGGGCCACCUGCAGCUGACAGCUGCCUGCAAUGCCGCCUGCAACUGCUGGCCUGAGCACUACAGCCCCGUGUGUGGCUCUGAUGGCACCAUGUACUACUCACCCUGCCACGCGGGGUGCCUGGCGGCAGCCACCAGAGACUCCAGUGGCCGGAAGCGCUGUUGUUGGGCUCCCCAGGUAUACCGAGAUUGUAGCUGUAUCCCUCAGAAUUUUUCCUCUGGCUUUGGCCAUGCCACCACAGGAAAAUGCACCUCGGCCUGUCAGAGAAAGCCCCUCCUUCUGGUUUUCAUAUUCGUUGUAAUUAUCUUUACAUUCCUCAGCAGCAUUCCUGCGCUAACGGCAACCUUACGGUGUGUGUGCGACUGGCAGAGGUCCUUCGCGUUGGGCAUCCAGUGGAUCGUCGUUAGAACGCUAGGGGGUAUCCCGGGGCCCAUCGCCUUCGGCUGGGUGAUCGACAAGUCAUGCCUACUCUGGCAGGACCAGUGCGGCAUCCAGGGCUCCUGCUUCAUGUAUCAGAACGGGGCCAUGAGCCAGUACAUGCUGGCCACCGGGCUCCUGUGCAAGGUGCUCGGCUUUCUCUUCUUCGCAGGGGCCUGCUUCCUGUACAAGCCCCAGCCCUCGUCUUCAGAUGGCCUGGAAGCUUCUCUGCCCAGCCAGUCCUCAGGGUCUGACAACCCCACGGACCCUCAAGAUGACUUCUCCGCCCUCCAGCACCAGAGCAACGUCUGACCCCCACCUCUGGGCCCCAGCCAGCACAGAGCCCGGCCAGCCACGAAGCACGACAGGGGACGGAACACCAAACCUCGGCCUCCUCCGUGAAUUCCUCUAAAAAGGGCUGACUCCCCGACUCCCAAGUGCUGGGGGUUCUGGAACCCUCACACUGCAGUCGGGGCUGCAAGACUGCCCCAACGUUGGGGCCGCGUGUGUCCAAACUGUGAAAGCACUAAUGGGAAACGGACUUGAGGCUGACUGGGGGCUCCUCUGGACAGAGGAUGAUGCCACCCCCAGCCCCCCCCACCUCCGCUUAGCCCCUCGCAGGACAGGAGGAAGGGCCCCCAUCUGCCCAACCGCUCUGCCCACCUCCCCCAUCUCCUUUUUCCUGCCCGUUCCCCACACCGGGGGUUUUCCCAGUGGACUUGCCCCAGCAGCGUGGGUGGACCCGGGACAAGCAGACAGAGGCCUGUGCAUUUUACCACAAUCUACACAAUCUUCAGUUACCACCAUCAUCGGUUAUUAAAGAACCCAGUUCUCUGCAGACUUGCGGAGAAGCCACCCCACCUUUCUUUUAAACGCUUUGGUCUGUGGGUGCCAUCCCCUGUGAAGCUGGUGAAGGUCCUGCUCUCAGGGGACAGGGAGAAGCAGCUGGAGGAGGAAGAACCCUGGUUUGUGUCUGGAACUCGUGCUCAGUUUUUUAUUUAUUAUGAAAGCCCAGGAGCUAGCUGCUCCACGUGGGCAGGAUAACUGCCCUGCUUCCCACUUCGGGAUCUCGGGCCAUGGCCUUCGCGCCUCCUGGCUGCCCGUCAGGCCCUGCUCUGCGUUUCUUCUGGAUGGGGUGGCUUACUGGAACCCUGCACACGAUGGGGUGUUGAAAACCUGCCAACACUGCCUCCCUCUGCCACGAUGGGACAGGGCAGCUGCGUAGACAUGUAUUUCUGAAUGGUUGUUUUACAUAAAAUGGUUUUUAUAAGAAGUGCUUCUUUUCCUGAAGGCGCAGCAUGCACGGGGGCAGCUCCGGUCACCUUCGGGGUGGGUCCCCGGGAGUGUCUCUGUGGAAUGCAUGCCCCUGUGGGUCCUUGUUACACUUGUGCAAAUGUGAGUAUAUUUUCAUAUUUAAAGCCCA